CAAGCUUGUAAUCUCCCACCAUGUAAAUAAGAGCCCCAUCCAGCCCGAUCUUCCUCUUCCCUUCCUCACCAAGUUCUACAAGCUCCAGCAAGCACUGUACAGACUCACUUGACUUCGGUCGUCCACUCGUUGAAACCCAACCACCUACGUUCUUUACACUCACCUAAUACUUAAUUUUCACCGCGCUUUUUCAAUCAAAAUGCGUUUCACUCCAGUUAUCUUCGCCAGCGUUGCCGCUGCCUCCGUCUACUACGGCGAGGCCCCAUCCAGCAGCGCCCCGGCCUCUUCUUCCUCCCCAGCCUGGCCUGAGGUUACCUCUUCUUCCCCAGCUGGUUACUGGCCAAAGCCAAGCUCGACCUCUUCCAGCAGCUCUUCCACCACCCCGAAGGCCUGGAAGACCACCACUCUCUACGAGACCGAGUGCUGGACCGUUACCUCUUCCAGCUCCACCAAGGUCUGGACCUCCGUCAAGGCUAUCCCAACCGUCUGCGAGGAAGAGGAAGAAUGGCCAGUCUCAUCCAGCAAGUCCACCCCUGCCGCUCCCGUUGCAACUGGCACAUGGAGUGUCCCCUACUGCGAGGCUUAUACUGAGACCUGCACUGUCACAGUGACUGCCUCCUCGACUCCGGCUACCUGGGCUGCUCCUGUUAAGCCAACCACCCCCGCUGCUCCUGUCUACAGCUCCGUUGGCGGCUCCUGGCCAGCUGGUGCUGCCAAGCCAUCUGGCACUGGCAGCUGGACCAGCCCGUACGCUGCUCAGUUCACUGGUGCCGCCUCUGCCCAGAAGGCUGGUGCUCUCCUCGCUGGCGCUGGUGCCGUUGCUGCCAUGCUCUUGUAAAUGCCACAUUGUCAAUUGUCCUGUUUUACCCUAGCCUGAUCACUUCAUGAUCACGUUUUCAGGCCAUGGCAUUGCAUGAGAUACACCGGGGUCUGUUCCAUUUGUCAAAUCUUGGUUGUAGAUACUUAUAAUGGGGUCGAGAUGGAGAACAGUUGUCUUUGGAGAAUUGAAGCCGUUGAUUGAAAAUUACUUUCUCCUGUGCCACAAUGUCAACUCGCGUGGUUCCUGCAUUGGCAAUUCAAUGUCGCAUGUUUCGACAUUAGUUGACAACGCUUUUAAAUCCACUGAAUUUUUGAAAUCAUGCUGUUCGAUGACUAGAAAAUCGGUGAAUACACGAGUCAAUGAAAUUCAAUGUUUUUGGCCUGAUCGAACUCAUUGAACUCCAUUCACAACUGUUCCCGUGUCGGUGGUUCGCUUCUUUGAAUGUUUCUUGCCAAGCAUUCGGAAAUACGUUUCUUCGGUUCCCAAGAGUGGUCGUUAGAGCCUUUAUGUUUGCCAGUAGACAUCGUGUGGUUUUCUUGCGUGUGAAAGCAAUAGUAUGACCUGUGCGUUUGGAGUACAGCGUAUGUCUAAAGCUGAAUGCGUUGGCUUUUCCGUGACAUGUAGCUAUAGAGCAGAUUUCGAUUUAGGAGUCAGUUUACAUGUGUUUUGUCUUUAGUAAAUGAGGCUUAAUCGCUUAUCAUUUGAACUCAUCUUUCAUCUUGCCAUCGAGCGAAGGCAUAG